GCGUGGCUGGAGGAGCCUUGGCGCUUCUCUCUGGGCAGCUGCGGCUCCCUCCGUCUCCCGCCGGGUUAAAGAUAGCCUCCCUCUCUCCUCCUCCUCCUCCUGCUUCUCGUCCGGCCAGGAGGGCUUUCUCUCUCUCUGUGUGUGUCUCUCUCUGUGGGGCGAUGGAGCGGGCGGCACUGUUGGGGUCCGGGCGGGAGGCAGCGGUGGGCCCGGAGAUCGCGGGGGACGUGGGCGAGCUCCUGGUGCCCUACAUGCCCACCGUCCGGGUGCCCAAGACCGGGGACCGCGUCUACAAGGCCGAGUGCGCCUUCUCCUACGACUCGCCGGAUUCUGAAGGAGGCCUUUAUGUCUGCAUGAACACUUUCCUUGGAUUCGGAAGGGAACACGUAGAAAGGCAUUAUCGGAAGACAGGGCAGUGUGUAUACAUGCAUUUGAAACGGCACGUCAGGGAGAAGGUAACAGGGGCAUCUGGUGGAGCUUUACCAAAAAGGAGAAACACCAAGCUAUUUUUAGAUCUAGAGUGCAAUGGUGAUUUAAAUAAUGACGACUAUGAAUAUGAGGAUGAAGCAAAGCUUGUCAUAUUUCCAGACCACUAUGAAAUUCCUUUACCCAAUAUAGAAGAGUUACCAGCACUGGUCACAAUAGCUUGUGAUGCAGUCCUUAGUGCGAAAUCUCCAUACAGAAAGCAAGAUCCAGACUCAUGGGAAGAGGAACUCCAAGUCUCCAAACAUGCAAACAUUCUAGUACAGAUGGACAAUGGAGUCAGGAUCCCACCAAGUGGCUGGAAAUGUUCAAAGUGUGACUUGCGGGAGAAUCUUUGGCUGAACCUUACAGACGGGUCAAUACUGUGUGGGAAAUGGUUCUUUGAUGGCAGCGGAGGAAACGGACAUGCACUGGAACACUACAAGGAGAUGGGCUAUCCCUUAGCGGUCAAGCUUGGAACAAUUACUCCAGAUGGCGCAGAUGUUUAUUCCUUUGAUGAAGAGGAGGCAGUUUUGGACCCACACAUAGCCAAACACUUAGCACAUUUUGGAAUUGAUAUGCUGCAAAUGCAUGUAAUAGAAAACGGUCUGAGAGAUAAUGAUAUAAAACCCAGAGUCUCCGAAUGGGAAGUGAUCCAAGAAUCCGGCAUGAAGCUAAAGCCAAUGUUUGGUCCUGGGUACACUGGCAUGAAAAACCUGGGCAACAGCUGCUAUAUCAACAGUGUCCUCCAGGCGCUUUUCAACAUCCCUGAAUUUCAGAGAGCGUAUGUGGGAAAUCUUCCAAGAAUAUUUGAUUACUCACCUCUGGACCCAACACAGGAUUUCAAUACACAGAUGGCUAAAUUGGGACAUGGUCUCCUUUCAGGCCAGUAUUCUAAACCGCCAAUGAAAGCUGAGAUCAUUGAACAGGUGAUAAAAGAAGAACUGAAGCCUCAGCACAAUGGCAUUUCUCCUCGCAUGUUCAAGGCUCUGGUCAGCAAAGGACACCCCGAAUUCUCCUCCAAUCGGCAACAAGAUGCACAUGAGUUCUUCCUACAUCUCAUAAAUCUAAUAGAGAGAAACCACAUUGGUUCAGAAAACCCCAGCGAUGUCUUCCGGUUCUUGGUGGAAGAGCGAACACAGUGCUGCCAGUCUCGGAAAGUCCGAUACACGGAGAGGGUAGACUAUCUCAUGCAGUUGCCUGUGGCAAUGGAGGCUGCCUCAAACAAAGAUGAAUUGAUUGCUUAUGAACUGAAGAGGAGGGAAGCCGAAGCUGCAAGGAGGCCUCCUCCAGAGCUUGUACGUGCCAAGAUCCCUUUUAGCGCUUGUCUUCAGGCCUUUUCUGAACCAGACAAUGUAGAAGACUUCUGGAGCAGUGCUCUGCAAGCCAAGUCUGCUGGAGUGAAAACGUCUCGCUUUGCUUCAUUUCCUGAAUACCUGGUGGUACAGAUCAAGAAAUUUACUUUUGGCCUUGACUGGAUACCUAAAAAACUUGAUGUUUCCAUAGACAUGCCAGACCUUCUGGACAUCAAUCACCUUCGUGCCACUGGCCUUCAACCAGGAGAAGAGGAACUUCCUGACAUUUCUCCCCCCAUUAUCAUUCCUGAAGACCCCAAAGAUGGCACGAAGAACCAUUUCAUGGAGUCACCAGACAUUGAUGAAUCCUCUGUGAUGCAGCUAGCAGAGAUGGGGUUCCCACUGGAAGCUUGCCGAAAGGCUGUCUAUUAUACUGGCAACAUGGGGGCGGAGGUGGCUUUCAACUGGAUCAUUGCACACAUGGAAGAACCAGAUUUUGCAGAACCAUUACUCAUCCCUGGCUAUGCUGGAGCUGCUUUUCCUGGGGCAGAUAAGCCAGGAUUUGCUGGACUGGAUAACCAGCCUCCAGAAGAGAUGGUUGCCAUCAUUGCUUCUAUGGGCUUCCAACGGAACAUAGCUCUCCGGGCGCUUCGGGCAACAAACAACAACUUGGAACAUGCAUUAGACUGGAUCUUCAGUCACCCAGAGCCAGAAGAGGCAAAUGAAACCAGUUCUGAAGCCAUGGACAUAGAGAACCACGUGAAUGCCAACCUCCUUGCAGAAUCUGACCCAGAGGGGCCCAAGAUCAAGGAUGGGUCUGGACGAUAUGAACUCUUUGGGUUCAUCAGCCACAUGGGAACAUCGACAAUGAGUGGCCAUUACGUUUGUCAUCUCAAAAAGGAAGGGAGGUGGGUGAUCCACAAUGACCUUAAAGUUUGUGCCUCCGAACGACCACCUCGAGAGUUGGGAUAUAUUUACUUCUACCGCAGGAUAUCAAGUUAGGCCUCAUUGAUGUCUCCUGGCCUUAAGAAGCCAUAAGCCUUUUUAUUCUGCCAAAAAUAUUGUUUGAAACAAGCAAAGCCUUUGGACUGCCAAAAAAAAAAAAAAAGGCAAAUAUUUGGGUACUAUUUAUAGCUUAAAUCAGGAUCAGUCAUUUGAUGCCUUCUUAAACUUUAGUGGAGAAAUUUCUGUUUAGGUCACAGUGUGUUUGAGGAUUUAACAAUAUAUACACAUUUUGUGGAGACCAUAAGACUGUUCUAAUCACACGAGGAGUUUGCAGCAAGCAACUGGGAAUCGUAAAGCCAUCCUAAUCUCCAAAAAACCCACACUUCUUACCUCACAGCUCGGUUUUGACCGUCAAAAAUUAUUGCAAAGUCAACAAUCAUAGUCAGUGACUUUGUUUGACUUGGAGUUUGCCACUGUUCUGAAUGGAAGUCAUUAAAUUUUUGGUGAAGAA